AGAGGCGCCAUUUUGCGCUGCCGCCGCUGCCUGCAGGACGGGUCCGGAGGCUCUGCGGGGAGGGAGGCUGGAAGGAGGCCGCUGCCCGUGACUCGCGUCCCCGUUCGCUGAGCGCAGCAACCAGCACCCCGCCGCCAUGAGCGACGUGGAGGAGAAUAACUUCGAGGGGAGGGUUAAUGUUCGUGAAGAAAUUGAAGAGUUUUUUCCAAGAUUGUGGAAGAUAAAUCAAGAUAAAAGAAGGCUAAUGAAAAAUAUUAAAGAUCAGAAAAUUAAAAUUGAAUGGGGGAAAAAAUUGAACAGAAGAUUGGUCAGAUAGAAGCACUUGAAUGUUUUUUUAAGGCUAUAAUGAAUUGUUUGAAUUGGGGAAGAAUACACGAAGUAUGAAAAAUGAAAAACUCAAUGAAGAAUGAAGAAAAGUAGAAAGCAAGAGUGAAGUAGAAUUAAAAGAAUCUGGAAGAAUGAAUGGGUCCUAGGUUAAGUAAAUGUAUGGUUUAUGUUCCAGUGUCUGUAUGAUCAAGUUGUAGAUGAAUUUGCAUGAUUACUUAGUUAAUAGAGAAUUGGUGAUCUGGUUCAAGUAGGGAAUUAUUUGAGGAAAGCAUACAAUAUUAACAGUGGGUUAACAGACUGAAAUUUGUUCUGGAGGGUAUUGCCUAACCAUUUGUCUUUCAGGAGCAAUCAAAAUAAUAUAAUUACGGUACUUUAAAUGUUAGGAGUUAGGCAUUUAUAUGACCAGUACCAUUUGUAAUACUAUCUUUUUUGUUAGGAGUCUCGCUCCCAGUCAAAAUCUCCAGCUGGGAGUCCUGCUCGUGUAAAAUCGGAGAGCAGGUCAGGAUCUCGUAGUCCAUCGAGGGCUUCCAAACAUUCUGAAUCGCACUCCCGGUCAAGGUCAAAAUCCAGAUAAAGUAGAACAGUUGCUCAGAGUUAAUGCUCAUGCCACUUCCCCGAAAAUGCUGGGUUCCAAAGAAAAUUGGUUCUAAUUGCUGAAUAGAGGGUUCUCCUCAUAUUAGCAAAAUAGAUCUACAAAAGUAUGAGCUUCACAAAACAGAUUGGUUUACUUGUUGGAAGGGAUGAAGACUGUUUAGAUGAAGACUUUGACAACUUGGGUCCAGAUCAAGAAGACAUUCUCACAGACGUUACACUCGCUCCAGGUCCCAUUCUCAUUCUCAUUCCCAUAGGAGACGAUCUCGAAGCAGAUCGUACACACCCGAAUAUCGUCGCCGAAGGAGCCGCAGUCAUUCUCCAAUGUCUAACCGAAGAAGGCACACUGGCAGCAGAGUCAGAAAGCAUAGUGAUAAAGUGAGAAGUGCCAAAAGUCAAGCAGAGCUGGGCCUUACAAAGAUUGGGCGACCACACCCUGCACGCAAUAUUCAAGAUGUGGGCAUACAAAGGAUUUAUAUAGAGGCUAAUCCAGAUCCUAACACAUGCCUUGGAGUGUUUGGCCUCAGUUUGUAUACCACUGAGCGAGACUUGCGUGAAGUCUUUUCCCGUUACGGACCUUUGAGUGGCGUCAAUGUGGUUUAUGAUCAGCGGACUGGACGAUCAAGAGGAUUCGCUUUUGUUUAUUUUGAGAGAAUAGACGAUUCUAAAGAGGCGAUGGAACAUGCAAAUGGCAUGGAACUGGACGGCAGGAGGAUCCGCGUGGAUUACUCCAUCACCAAGAGAGCGCACACACCCACCCCGGGCAUCUACAUGGGCAGGCCAACCCACAGUGGCGGUGGUGGUGGUGGUGGUGGAGGAGGAGGAGGAGCAGGUCGUCGUCGUGAUUCCUAUUAUGAUAGGGGAUAUGACAGAGGAUAUGACAGAUAUGAAGAAUAUGACUACCGGUACAGGAGACGAUCACCUUCACCUUAUUAUAGCCGAUAUCGAUCACGGUCAAGAUCCCGCUCCUAUAGCCCAAGACGCUACUGAAGAACGGAAGAAUUACAGUUGUGGACCUGAUUUUUAAAUAAAAUUCUGCCCUUAGUUUCCCUUUGGUCUCCCCCCACCUUUCCCCUCAAAUCUCUCUUAUAAGACCUUUGGUUCAUUUAGAAGAUACAUAUUUUCAGUUGAAGUAUUGCUGUUUUCCACCCCCUUUUAUUGUAAUACUCUUAAAAUCGUAAUUGUUGUAGUUUUGUGUAGUUAAACAUCUUAAGCAAAACUAAAUAGAAAUCCCAAAGUGUUGUUACAUUUUGUAAGUCAUUCUGUUUUUGUUUUUAAAACAAUUGUACUCCUGGCUAAUCUAAUGAGGAGAAGAGAGCAUUGAUGUUUUUUAAAGCUUGCAUGUUGUGUGUAAUAUACACACUCAGCUACUUUAAUAUAAACCUGUGUUUCCAAAAAAAAACUUGUUAAUCUUUCUGUUAAUGCUUGGUUGUUAAUUUUGAAAAAUAAGCAACAUCUCUGAACCUUUUCUGUAAUGGCAAAUUUCACUAGAUAGUCAUGAACCUGAUGGGUUUUUUUGGUUAAAUUGCUUUGAGUGUAGAAAUAUUAGAGCUAUAGCAAAUUUUCAUAUUUGGUUUAACUUCUUUGGAAAAACAGAUUCUUAUACACUGAAGAUCAAGAUUGUGUUUUAUAGAUGAAAAGUUUCUAGACUGCUAUACAAUGGAUAACAUUUGAAGUUAAAACCAUACAAAUCUAACUGAUUUUUUUUAAUUGAACUCAAAGUAGUGUUUCCCCUUAAUCAGUGCAGGAGAAAAAAUAUUUAUUGAACAUAGCAAUUAGUUAUAUAAUUUGCUGUUCAUACAAACUCAUGUUGAUAUUGCAAUGAUGGUUAAGGAAGUUCUAGUUUCCAGUCCUUUUGAAGUUGCUGGUAUGGAUAGAAAAAUUACAGUUACAUAUAAACCUCUUCUUCCUCAAAAUAAAGUUAAUUACACUGAAA